AUGCACCACCUUACACCGAAAUGCAAAUGGUGCGGCAUCUUCGUAGUGUUGAUGAUCUCCGUUGCCCUUUACUACGACACUCAGAUCAAUGGCCAGGGGAUAUUUGCGGAGUCCGCCACAGGAAAAGCCUUGAAGGACGCCGGAGUACUGCCACUCCUGCAGAAGGGCUGCGAUGUGGCCUUGGUGGCCGGCGCUCGGGGCUUCCAGUGCUAUGAGAAAUACGUGGAUCCCUAUGUCGUGAUAGUGUCCCAAAUGGUGGAGGAUCUCGUGCGCCAGUCCUUGAGCGAUGCGGGAAACGUCUACGAUUGGGCAAAGGGAUACUUCAACCAGAGUUGGACCCUGCAAGUGGAUGUCGUGGAUCAGUAUGCCCCGAAUUUGUCGAAAAAACUCAAGGCCUUUGCCUCGGGGGCCAUGGAAAGCUACAAUGAAACCGCCACGAUAUUGGACAAUAACUUUCAUCAAAUGAUCAUCUUUGCCUGGAAAUGCAACAGGGAGUUCCACGAGAAAGUCGAUGAAUAUGCCAAGCGGCAGUUGUUCUAA